AUGCAGACAGUUGAAUUGAAGGUAGAGAUGGUUGGAAUACAUGAGAAAAGAGUGAGGAAAUGUCUCUCUAAAUUAAAAGGAAUAGAUAAAGUAGAAGUGGAAGGGAAGAGUGAGAAAGUGGUUGUGAUGGGGUAUGCACACAAAAACAGAAUACUAAAAGCAAUAAGGAGAAGUGGUCUUAAAGCUGAUUUUUGGUCACCUCAAAAUGAACUUCUUCAAGCUUACGCUGCUUCUUACUCUUCUAAUUUCACUUUUAACAAAUUCUCCUUCUUUAAUUAA